AUGAGCGCCUCGGUGCCUCCCGGCAGCGCCCCGGGGGCGGUGCGGGCCGGGCGCGGCCGCAGCUCCGGCCGGGCGGGAGGAGAAGGAGGAGAAGAAGGAGGUGGAGGUGGUGGCGGUGGCCGUGUCGUUGAUGCCCUGCGCGUUGUGUUUUCCCAGCAGGUGUUGUCCUUCUUGAUUCCCAUGUCCUAUUACCAGGAGGAUUUCUUCAGAGAAUACCUCAAGAUGAUGGCGAAUAUGGUCAUCUUGAAUUUGCUUAUUUGUAUUUCGCUGGCGUUCUGGAUCGUGUCGAUGACUGCAAGUACGUACUACGGUACUUUACGACCCAUUUCUCCAUGGCGCUGGCUUUUUUCAGUCUUGGUUCCACUAAUUAUUGCUAUGCAAGGGUUUAAGAAGAAGAGUCUAGAUCACAGUGGUGCAUUGGGAGGACUGGUGGUUGGAUUUAUCCUUACAGUCGCAAAUUAUAGUUUCUUCUCUUCUUUGUUUGUAUUUUUUGUAACUUCUUCAAAACUUACCAAGUGGAAAAAAGAUAUAAAGAAACAAAUAGAUUCAGAAUACAAAGAAGGUGGCCAGAGGAAUUGGGUUCAGGUAUUCUGUAAUGGUGGUGUUCCUACUGAGCUGGCUCUCUUAUAUAUGAUAGAAAAUGGACCAGGUGAAAUUCCUAUUGACUUUUCAAAGGAAUACACAGCAUCAUGGAUGUGCUUAUCCCUUUUGGGAGCUUUGGCAUGCUCUGCUGGUGAUACAUGGGCUUCAGAGAUUGGCAGUGUUGUGAGUAAAAGCAAACCAAGAUUGAUAACAACCUGGGAACAGGUUCCAGUAGGUACUAAUGGAGCAGUUACUUUAGUGGGCCUGAUCUCAAGUUUGCUUGGAGGCAUGACAGUAGGUAUAGCCUACUUUAUAACUCAACUCCUUUUUGUGAGUGAUCUGGAAAUAUCUGCUCCACAAUGGCCCAUCAUAGUGUUUGGUGCAGCAGCUGGCCUACUGGGAUCAAUUGUUGAUUCGUAUUUGGGAGCUACAAUGCAAUACAGUGGUUUUGACCAGACAAUUGGCAUGGUUGUUAACCACCAAACAAAAGACUCCAAGCACAUAUCUGGAAAACCUAUAUUAGACAACAACGCCGUAAAUCUUUUUUCUUCUGUAAUCAUUGCUCUGGUGCUUCCAGGCAUGUCAUGGUUUUUCUGGCCAAGACGUUGAAAUGGUUUAAGGUCUUCUGCAUGCAAAUUUAUGUUCAGUCCUGCUCAGAGACUCCAUGGAGUUCCAGUUGAACUCUGUAAGAGAUGGAUCUGAAAAGUUCAAAGAGCCGAAGGACUUUCCAUCUCAACUUGUUAAGGCUGUAAACCUCAUGUGGCAAUCAGCAUCUCUCAGGAAGGUGCUUUGUCAAUAAUGCUCUUGCUGCUCCUCAGGUGGAUGUAGGUCAUUGCCAAGUGAGGUGAAGCACUUGAUUCAUUUAUCCUCCAUUUAUGGAGCUGAAGUGUUGGUGUCUAUUCUCUCCAGUUCCCAGCAUCUGGAAAGGCAGGAAGCUGGAAAUAGAGGUCUAAUCCACCUCAAUCAGUGUGAUGGAGCCUUGUGACUGUUAUUCAAGUUAGACACAAAAUACACUGCAGCUUUAUAUAGGCAAUGGUAACAUGGGUGGAGUGGGUGAAUUCUGGUAUUUCUCAUUAACUACAGUUUUUAAGGUCUUUUGGAAGUAUUUGGGCAGGGAAGAAAGAAUUCAGCCUUAUUGCCUAUUCUCUAUCCUGAUACUAUCUCCACUUCCCUGAGAACAGGUUUGAUAAAAAUGAUCCAUACAUAACAUUGGAAACAAAAAUCUAAAUUUAAAGUAGAAACUUUAACCUGUUCCAGUGAGAAUAAUAAAAUUUUCUGUGCUUUUUUGAAAUUUUUAUUUCAAAAAUAAUGAUAUUUAUGAAGGUUUGUCAAUACUGUGGUACUUAUCAAAUACUUUAAAAUUAAAUAUGACAGUUGUGGAUUCACAGUCAUCUCUUUAGCAAGUUAAUGGGUUUUUUUCUAUAAGUAUAGAAUUGUUCCAUAGUGUUUGGCAUUCUAACCAAACUAUGCUC